AUGCCGACGAGAAGAGUCCAAGACAAGACGGGAGAACAGAUCAACGAAGGAGAUUACGUGUAUACAAGGUAUCGUGGAGGAACCCACGAGGGAGAAGUUGACAAGGUCGUUACGGACGAGGCUGAAGCACAUGAAGAAGAGGUAGCCAAUCCACCCAAAGUCAUCUUUCACGAUCAGCAUGGGCAUCGUGUAGCACAUAAUCCGAAGACUUUGGAUAAGACGGAAUGA